AAGCCCCACAGGGAAAAAAAGUAGAGAGAGAGAGAGAGAGAGAGAAAGAGAUAUUUUCAUGACAAGCCACAUGGGGGAUAUAAGAGAAAAGAAGAGGUGCUAUAAAUAUCGUAGAUCCUACCCCCCAAAAUAGAGAUGAGGGAAAUAAGACGUCAGAAAAGAAGUGUAAAAAAAAAAGAUGAGCCUUAUAUUCUAGGGGGGGGAAGUGGCUCCGCUCUUGGGCAAAUAAUAAAAAGGGCACCUCUCCCCCCCCCCCCCCCUUUUGAGUUGUUGUUUGCUGGUUUCCCUCUUUUUUUUUUUUAUUGUAAAUAUAUUUUAAAACAGCAGAUGAAUAUUGUAGCACCACGUCCACAAAAACCCUCUUUUUAUUACUCCAUGCAUCAAGAAGAUGAAGCAUGUCAAGAACUACGACAAAUUCUUGCUUCUCAUCCACACAUGAUGGAAGAUUUCACCAUUAUUCGCACCAAUAAUCCAUUACCUCAUGAACAGGCUGUCUCCCAAGUCAAGCGACCCAGAUCCUUUAGUGUUGGCGACGCAAGAAACUAUCCCAUGAACCUUGUUCAUUAACUUCUUUUCUGUAUAUAUUGUACAUAACAUUUCUUUUUUUUAUACAGCACAUAUUCAUUUAUACAUAUAUAUAUAUAUAAAAAUAAAAACAACUGUUUAUAUCAUCCCCCUUUUUAUAACAAAAAUUAUUAUUAUUUUUUUUUUUUUUUUUAUUCUUUCAAAAAAACAAUUAUAUAUACAGAAAAUAAAAA